AUGUACGAUUCUACAAUCACAUUUACCUUUGAUACCAUUUGUCCAUGGACUUAUCUUGCCAAGAAGAGAUUACUAACUGCAGCACCAUUGCGUAGAUUGGAUGAAGCACUUAGAAUUGUCCGUUCAACGGAUGCAGCCUCAAAGGUUAACUUCACCAUCAAGUUCUCACCCUAUCAACUAUAUCCUGGAGCCAGCAAAGAAGGCGAGGAUAAACAUGCCUGGUAUCGGAAAUCCCGCUACGGAGACUCCGAGGAGAAGAUGGACAUGUAUAUCAAGUUGAUGACAGCCUACGGACAAUCCGCUGGAAUCAACUACAAAUUCGGAGGCACGGUUGCGAAUACCAUUGAUGCGCAUCGAGUCGUCCAGCACUUCCAACAAGAAGAUGUAAAAGGUGGCGGACCAGAAACAGCAGAUAAGAUAGUCAUGGCUUUAUACCGCAUGUAUUUCGAAGAGGAGAGACAUCCUAGUAGUGAGGAGACAUUGGUUGCGGCUUGUAAGGAAGCGGGUGUGGAUGAAGGAGAUGCGAGAAAGAUCAUUGAGGAUGAGAAUGAAGGAUUGAUGGAUGUGAAGAAUAUGAUUAGGGAGGCAGAGGGGAAUGGAGUGGAUAGUGUACCGGUUGUUAGCGUGGAAGGAAAAAGAAGGGAUAUCACAUUAACUGGGGCACAGGAUGUAGGCGAGUACGUGAAGACGUUGGAGAGGAUCGUUAAGGAGAGUGAUCAAACUGCCGAGUGUUUGGCAGCAAGACCGUCGACGUCCUUGACCCGCGACAUUACUUUCGGAAUGGAUGACCUCUAUAGUAAACUGCCGCUCCCGCGGCCUGAUGCGCAAAUCCGGCUCCUUCGCAUAGUUCCCGGCCAAAACGACAAGUUCGAGCUCACGGUCCACGACCUCGACCCCAAGCAUCGCGCCGUCCCGGAAUACAUCGCCAUCUCAUACACCUGGGGCGACAAGGAGCCGAAACACCCCAUCACAGUCAACGGGCACGUCGUGCAAGUGAGGUCGCAUUGCUGGCAAGCGCUACGUCAAAUGCGAAGCGACCAUAACACGGUAACCUUAUGGAUCGACUCCAUCUGCAUAAACCAAAGCGAUAACAAAGAGAAAAGCAGCCAGGUAGCCUUCAUGGGCACCAUAUAUAUGCAAGCGAAACGUGUUGCAGCCUGCCUGGGUCCGCGGAGCGACUAUGUGUUCGAGCGAUUUAUUAGGCAGGCCCUGGAUGCCCGCCCGUCCAACGCUUCCAUGUUGUCCUUGGCGGCUCUAAGGGCUCUGGGCGAGACGGAUUAUUUCUCUCGGAUUUGGAUCAAGCAAGAAAUCAUUCUCGCGGCCGAGAUUACCCUAUAUACUUCGCAGCAUGUUUUCAAUUGGGAUGACAUUGAAAAGCUUAUUACAGCAUCGCAAGCUGCUUCGACAACAUCGACAAAAUCCAGAAACGUUUAUGUCGACCGAGUGCUCAACGUGAACGACGAUCGCGUGAGGCGUCGUCCGGACACUCCUGGCAAGUCAGUCCCGGAAAGCAAAGGGCAAGAAGACGGAUCCAACGGGCAGGGCUCGCCGCGUCCUGCUAUCGUCGAAGAGAUGCUUCGAUACGAGGAUUCGGAUUGCGGGGACCCCCGCGAUAGGAUCUAUGCGCUGCUAUCGCUUGUUCCCGACGUAGACCCCGCGCGAAGGCUUUUUCAGGUUGAUUAUAAUCUCCCACCGUUGGGCUUUAUCCAUCAGGCUGCACGCGGUCUCGGCGAACUGCAUGGUGAUUCAGAUUUUCAACCAGAUGUGCUAUCUUGUAUUCGCAAGAUCGUACGGUGGUUCGACGGUGAUGGAAAUCUGAUGCAGGACAUCUACAGGUUCAUGCUCGAUCAACCGCCGACGCCUCGCUCAGACGGCCCCAUGCUAAAGCUCUAUGUCAAGGAGAAAUCGACUAUUAAUGAGCCCAGACGCCAUACUUCGAAUUUGCCAACAAGGAACCUUGCACGCUUCGAGAGAGAGACACGGGCGGCCUAUUUGUCAAAGAAUAUAUCGGUUUCGACUAACGGGCAGCUUGAGUCACGAGAGGACAAUCAUGAGUUUGUGGCCGAUCUGGCUCCGUGCCAGGAUGCGGCAAUUCAGUACAAGAUUGUGGAAGAAGCGCUCUUUGAGCCCUGGGAACUUUUGGAAAAGAUGGAGUUUACGGAAUCAACAUACUGUCAAUACUAUCUCGUCAGCGACGCCGUUGGAGUGGGUGAUAUCCUGGCCAGCGUGAGGUGGACCUGGUCCACCCGGGAUGCCGAUUCCUCGGAGUCUUACGCCAUUCUACGCCGAGAAGAGGACCCUCACCAGGCCGAGCGCCUCCGAUUCCACAGCUGGGCCCUGCCCUUAGAUCUUGCAAUCGUAUGUCAUGAAAAGAAAGUCUGGCCCGGUACUCGAUUCGGCGGCUCCCGGGAUACUAAUGUGCUGGCGUAUCGGUUCUUCCACCCCGAUGGUUUCGAACUGCCAGCGAGUAGCACAACGUUCGCUUUCAGCUUAGAAUACGCGCAACAAGGCCGCGAGCUAGAUGGCGGUCUGGUGCUAGGCCAGCCGGCGCCUCAUCCUGCUCUUGAAGAAGCAGGUAUUAUGCAACUUCCCAGAGGGUCCCCGGAACGCAAAAACAAGGUCGUGAUCGAGGACAUACUUCAUGUUCACCACGAAGAUGCGGUGAGGCUUGUGUUAGCAGAAAUAUACAACAUCCGGUAUCUUCGUCAACAGAGUGAUACAGAUGACCGCAGCUCGCUCGCCGCGAGUCUACCGGAGAAGGAGCAACGACACCUGGAGGACUGCUGUUGCAACCUAGUCGGUCUUCUAGAAUGGUCGAUCUGCGGCUCAUGCGUUCUCUGCGGCCUUGGGAAGAGACAGUUGUUUCAGACCCGCCACGGCCCGUUCCACGACAUGUUCUUUGAGAAGUCUCGGAAGAAGUCUGAGCGACAACUCGCUCCUGAGGACUUCCCGCGACAUUUCUUGCGAGAUAGGUACGGAAUUAAGCAGGUCUUUUGGUGA